CUUAGGGCUGCUCCGCAGACGCUCCUGCCAGCCCAGGCGACGGCCAGUCCAUCUCAGGAGGCAAUCAGCCGGCCAGCCCAGCAAGCGGCCGCCCGCCCUGGGGUUUAGGUUAGUUUGAGUUGGCCUCCUUCCGAAGCCAUGCCUAACGCAGCAGCCCUAGUAAAAGAGCCGUGACUGCCGCCGCCAGGGAUAACCUAGGGCCGCCUCCGUUUUCUCUUCCCCACAACAGCCCCCCUCCCAACUGGAGAUCCAAGAACCCGUCCUCUUCUCUUUGCGAUCUGGGGCUUGUUCUUUCCUCCUCGGCUUCCCGCGAAAGAGAAUUAUGCUUGGCUCAAGCCGCCUGGCAAGCUCCGUUAGGAUUGCUAGCGCUCCCGGAGUCACCAGGCGGGCGUCCCAGAGCAGGCCAGCCCGCUCCUUCCUCGCGUUGCCUUCGCUGCUAACUCUGCUGAUUCUCACGCCGCGGGUGGACUCGUCGUGGUGGUACAUUGGGGCCCUGGGCACAAGGGUGAUCUGUGAUAACAUCCCGGGACUAGUCAAUAAACAGCGGCAGUUGUGCCAGAGUUACCCAGAUAUUAUGCAAUCCAUAGGGGAGGGAGCUAAGGAGUGGAUCCGGGAAUGCCAGCACCAGUUCCGUCAUCACCGUUGGAACUGCAGCACUUUGGACAGAGACCACACAGUCUUUGGCAGAGUCAUGCUCCGAAGUAGUAGAGAAGCAGCCUUCGUCUAUGCGAUCUCCUCAGCUGGAGUUGUAUAUGCCAUUACCCGGGCCUGCAGCCAAGGCGAGCUAAAAGCCUGCAACUGUGAUCCCCAUAAGCGGGGGCGCUCAAAGGAUGAGAGAGGGGAGUUUGACUGGGGGGGCUGCAGUGACAACAUCAACUACGGCAUAAAGUUUGCAAAGGACUUUGUGGAUGCCAAAGAGAAGACAGUGAAGGAUGCCCGCGCUCUAAUGAAUCUGCAUAACAACCGCUGUGGCAGAACGGCUGUGAAGCGUUUCUUGAAACUAGAAUGCAAAUGUCAUGGCGUAAGUGGUUCCUGCACCUUGAGGACUUGCUGGUUGGCAAUGUCAGACUUCCGCAAAACUGGAGAUUAUCUCCGGAAAAAAUACAAUGGUGCCAUCCAAGUGACUAUGAACCAAGAUGGCUCUGGAUUUACCGUGGCCAAUAAGAACUUCCGGAAACCUACAAAAACCGACCUUGUGUAUUUUGAGAACUCUCCUGAUUAUUGUGUGAUGGAUAAGUCUGCAGGUUCACUAGGAACUGCUGGUCGUGUAUGCAACAAGGUAUCACGUGGGACUGAUGGAUGUGAAGUCAUGUGCUGUGGCAGAGGUUAUGAUACCACUCAAGUAACUCGAGUCACUAAAUGCGAGUGCAAAUUCCAUUGGUGUUGCGCUGUUCGCUGCAAGGAAUGUGAAGACACUGUAGAUAUUCACACAUGUAAAGCACCGAAGCGGGCAGAAUGGAUUGACCAAACCUGAAAGUGUGCUGGACAGAUCCAGAAAAGGAAAGUAAACCUGGCACUGUGCCACCUGUGGGCCUGGGAAUUCUGGGAGUUGUAGUUCAACUGCAUGGCAUUUAUUUAACUCAUUGUGAAAAACAAAGAGAAGACUAUAUUUCCCAAGGGGUAUUAGUGGGCUCCUUUGCUCACCAAGCAGAAUUUCAUUCCCCUACUUUUUAAAAAACAAAUUGGCAAAUGACAUUGAACUCUGCAGCUUUCUAUCUUUGGUAUUACUGUCCAGAGAUGGGAGAAUGCACUUGCUGAUAAACACAGGACACUAAGAAUCAGGCUGUGAUUUAGGUGCCUCAUUCUGAAAAAGUUUGGGCAGUAGACUAUAAAUAACAUAUGCACCCAAAAGUAGGAGAAAACAACAACAAUUAUUCUGUCCAACCUGGAAGAAAGCACACACUGUUUCCCAUAGAAAAGUGGCUACCCAAUCUUAAGAAAGCACAAUGGUUUACUCAGAUCUUCUUUCAGAGGUCACCAUGCCUGCACUAUGGACAUCAGCUGAAAAAGAGCAAUUUGUGUAAAGGGACUUUCAUUAUAUUCC